UGUAGUAGAUGCAGAGUCGCCGUGCGGAAUGCAUAACGCAUGAGAGCUGACCAUUUGCCAGUUUUUUGGUUUGUUUAAAUGACAUUCCGUGGUCGGUGGCGGCGCUAACGGCCGUGGAUCCAGUGCGUGUGUACGACGGUGGCAAAGUGUACGAGCACGAAGACAGUGUGGACUCGGUGGUUGGGCGGCCCUUGCAGGGCAUGGCGGCCACGACGUACCUUCCGGCGAGUAGUGCGGUAAGUGCGGACCUGGACGGCAGCGUCGUAGGGAUGAACAUAGUCGGGGGCUACCACGCCAGCGCCUCGCCCCGGUCCGCUGCGGACGCCAACGAGAUGAAGUAUUUGCCGCAGCAUCACCACCACCACAACCACCACAUGGCGAGUUCGCCGUCGCCCGGCGGCCACGCCGCCGUCUCGUUGUCCGCGACCAACCCCUGGGUGAGCCUGCAGCCGGGCGCCGACCCGUGGGCCGCCUCCAUGGCGGGCAUGCACCACCACGCGCACCACCACCCGCACCAGGACGUCAAGCCUCUGGCGCAGCAGGCCGACAUGAUGCACCACCGCCAGCAACAGCAACAGGGGAUGGGCUCGCCGCACGCCUGGCACGCGCCCGUCUCCUCGGCCCAUUACAACCCGGGCGGGGCCGGUUCGCCGCUCCAGCAGUACCAUGCCGCCAUGAACGGCAUGCUCGCCCACCACCAGCCGCCGCAGAUCCACCACCCGCUGCACCGGGACAUGCAGAGCCCGCACCACCCCCAGCACGCCGACCGCGACGUCAGCGGCGGCGAGGACGAGACGCCGACGAGCGACGACCUGGAGGCCUUCGCCAAACAGUUCAAGCAGCGUCGGAUCAAACUGGGCUUCACGCAGGCGGACGUCGGGCUGGCUCUGGGCACCCUCUACGGCAACGUCUUUUCGCAGACCACGAUAUGUCGGUUCGAGGCGCUCCAGCUGAGUUUCAAGAACAUGUGCAAGCUGAAACCGCUGUUGCAAAAGUGGCUCGAGGAGGCCGACUCGACGACGGGUUCGCCGACGUCGAUCGACAAAAUCGCGGCACAAGGGAGGAAGAGGAAAAAGCGCACGAGCAUCGAGGUGUCGGUGAAGGGCGCCCUCGAGCAGCACUUCCACAAGCAGCCGAAGCCCUCGGCACAGGAGAUCUCGUCGUUGGCCGACAGCCUGCAGCUCGAAAAGGAGGUGGUGCGGGUGUGGUUCUGCAACCGGCGGCAGAAGGAGAAGAGGAUGACGCCGCCGAACACCCUCGGCGGCGAGAUGAUGGAGGGAAUGCCGCCGGGAGGGCACAUGCACCCCAACUACGGCCACCACCCCGACAUGCACGGCUCGCCCAUGGGCCAGCACUCGCACUCCCACAGUCCGCCCAUGCUGUCCCCGCAAGGCAUGGGACACCAGCUGACGGCGCACUAGCAUCCAGCCCACUGGGCCUCCUUGCUGCACCACAGCGAUAACGGCUAGUGAUCGUGAACGCCGCCCCCAAGUGUGUUUGAGAAAAUUAAAAAAAUGUCGGCCGACGGCGCGUGACUGUUCCGUUUAUUAUCAACGCUACCUCAAAAAAGGAUCCGUGCUUAAACUCCUGCCGUCGCGGAGGUCCUAGUGGACUGACUUUUACACCCCCUGCAAGAACUAGUUUAUACUAUUAUUAAUAAUAUUUUUUGUUGUUGUUAAUGCGCCGUGCAGUGCGAGUGAGUACCUUGUCAUCGUCAAAAACUAACUCUGGACGUGUGUUGUAUAUUACCUGUAAAUAAGAAGAGUGAUACGCGUCGUUCGACGUGAGUGUAAUAUAAUAAUAGGCGAAUGCUGCUAAUCUUACGUUUUUGUAAAUAAGAAGAAUCGACUACUGUUGGAGCAGUAGCAAAGUCGUGAUUUAUACUUAAAAUAUACACCGGGACGGUUGACGAAUAAAACAAUUUACGAUGUAAGUUUAUAAUGUAUAGAAUGUCGUAUAUAUUUAAAAAAUAUAAAGUUGUUCUUAUGUUGUUUAUUAAAGUUUUUGGUUAGUGUCGUGCGAUCCAGUUGAUGACUCUCUUGACUUUUAUUUUUGGAUGAUAACAAAAACAAAUUCUUGCGAACGAAUAACGAAACCGUACUCUUGUCUCUUUGGUCAUAGAUUCAUGUGUACAUAUUUAUUAUUAUAAUUAUAAUUAAUUAUAUAUCGUUGUACGGUGUGACUAAAUUAAAUCGAAAAAUGUUUUUAAAAUAGCCCUCUCUGCUGUAUUAUUUCAAUCGUACCCUCGUUAUGUCGCUUGAAUCAUUAAUCCAUCGUUCAUUUCUAGUCAGUGAUUUUAAAAAAAUUAUUUCCAUCACGAAAUUGUGUUGUGGUGCGACGGAUCAUCUCAUACCUCUCUCGGUGAGUCCUCUUUUUUUACUACUACUACUUACUACUGUUACUACUGUUCGUUUUCGUUGUGUUUUCGCGCGUUCUCGAUAAAAAAUUAAAAAAAUUAAAAAAAAAAUGAAAAAAAAGAGGACCCACGCACUGUACGCGUACAGGUAUGACUCUGACAUUUGACCGGAGAUACGGCGAUUAUCUUUGAAUCCCAUGUUAAGCACUUUAUCAAAUAUUUCUCAGACACAUGUGACAAACACGGUCCAUAAAUAUGCUAAAUUAUAUGACAGUGGUGUGUGUUAAUCAACGAAAUUUCUGCUAUGUAGAAACACGUUCAGUUAUACGAUCUCGAAACCUGUUUAAGCAGUUAUUUGAGAAAAAAUCCCCAUUUAAAACGACCAUUAUUAGUUGAGUUGAUAGCUAAUGGACAUAAAUUUCAUCAAAAAACCAUAUAAUAACGCAAUCCCCGUAGAGAUCGUUUCCAAAUUAAAAGUUUUGUACGCCUCGAUAGUUCCUUGAGUUUCGUUCUGUUCGUCUUUCGACAAGCAACUGUGUAUAAAGAUGUUUUUGUAAAAAUCCAACAAUGUUUACUGUAUUAUAGAGAGAGAGGAUAUUUGUGUAUAUUGUAUUUUUAUCAAUGUCCAAAAAUAAAAAUCAAUAAAAUUAGACACUGUUUAUAAA